GCGGCGGCUUCCUCCCGGCCUGCCCUCAGCGUCCGGCUCCUCGGCGCGGGGCGGGGAGGUGCCUGCGGGCCGGGCCGGGGCCGGGGCCGGGGCCGGGAGACCCCCGCCUCGCUCGCCGCCGUGUCGGAGCGGCGCCGCGGCCAUGGGGACGGCGUCGUCGCUGGUGAGCCCGGCGGGCGGCGUCGGGGAGGUGAUCGAGGACACGUACGGCGGCGGCGAGGCCUGCGAGAUCCCGGUGGAGGUGAAGCCCAAGGCGCGGCUGCUGCGCAGCUCCCUGCGGCGCGUCGGGGCGGCGCGGCCCGGCGGGCUGCUGGGCGCCAGCUUCAAGUCGACGGCGUCGGUGCAGGAGCUGGAGUGUGCGGCCGAGUACGAGCGCCUCAAGAAGGAGUACGAGAUCUUCCGCGUCAGCAAGAACAACGAGGUGGCCUCGAUGGUGAAGAAGGAGGCCAAGCUGGACCGGGAGAACAAGCGGCUGCGCGCAGAGCUGCAGGCGCUUCAGAAAACGUACCAGAAAAUACUGAGAGAGAAGGAGAGCGCGUUGGAGGCCAAAUACCAGGCCAUGGAGAGAGCUGCUACGUUUGAACAUGAUCGAGACAAAGUCAAAAGGCAGUUCAAGAUUUUUAGGGAAACUAAAGAAAAUGAGAUUCAGGACUUACUGAGGGCCAAACGAGAACUGGAAGCAAAACUUCAGAGGCUGCAGGCCCAAGGAAUCCAAGUGUUUGAUCCCGAAGAGUCUGAUUCUGAUGACAAUUGUACAGAUGUUACAGCUGCCGGGGUGCAGUCUGAAUACUGGAAUGGAGGAGCUUUGGGAAGUGAGCCAUCCAUGGGUAGUAUGAUGCAACUUCAGCAGUCUUUCAGAGGACCUGAAUUUGCUCACAGCUCUAUAGAUGUUGAGGGACCAUUUGCAAAUAUAAACAGAGAUGACUGGGAUGCUGCUGUUGCUAGUUUGUUACAGGUUACUCCUCUGUUUUCCCACUCUCUAUGGAGUAACACAGUAAGAUGUUUUAUUAUUAGUACUGCUGAGACUGAACCAGAAGUGGACAUCUUCAUUAGGAACUACUCACCAAAACUUCAAAGAAUCUGUGAAACAAUGGGAUACUUCUUUCAAGUUGUUCAUUUUCCAGCAGAAAAUGAAAGUCAUUUUAAGGAUGUAAGAAAAUGGGAAAUUGAAAAAAGUUCAUUAGUCAUUUUGCUCCUACAUUUAACUUUGCCAAGCUGUUUGUUGGAGGACUGUGAAGAAGCCUUCUUGAGAAAUCCAGAAGAAAAGCCCCGAGUGAUUUACCACAGAAUGGAAGAUGACAAAGACAGCUCAGUCUUGGUGCAGCAGUUAAUUGAGCAAAUUUGUUGUGUGAACAAAGCAAAGAUGAUUGAUCAUGCGGGAAGCGUGGAGGAAGGAGCAUAUGAAAUCUAUAAUUGUGUGGAAAAGAUAAUUAAACAGGAUAUAUUGGGCUGUGAAAUGACAGAACUAGAAGGCAAGGAUUUAGGUAAUAAGGAAGAGUCCACUGCUCCUGAAGAAGUUGUUUUUGGUGAUGUAUUGUGGGAUGCACAUGAUGAACAAGAACAGAUGGAAGCUUUCCAGCAGGCCUCUAAUUCAACGUGUGAGCUGGGAUUUGAGAAAUAUUUUGAACGUCUGAAUGACCUAGUAGCAGCGCCAGCACCUAUUCCACCUUUGCUUGUAUCAGGAGGACCAGGCUCUGGGAAAUCUCUCCUUCUGUCAAAAUGGAUUCAAUUGCAACAGAAACAUUCACCAAACACUCUAAUUCUUUACCACUUUGUGGGGAGGCCCAUGUCUACCAGUUCAGAAUCUGCAUUGAUAAUUAAACGCCUUACUUUAAAGCUUAUGCAACAUUCUUGGUUAGUGUCACCUUUGACAUUGGAUCCAGCUAAACUUUUGGAAGAAUUUCCCCGUUGGCUGGAAAAACUUUCUGCACGUCACCAAGGCAGCAUUAUUAUAAUUAUUGAUUCUAUUGACCAAAUACAGCAAGCUGAAAAGCAUAUGAAAUGGCUGAUAGAUCCGCUGCCAGUGAACGUAAGAAUGAUUCUAUCAGUGAAUGUAGAAACAUGCCCACAGGCUUGGAGGUUGUGGCCCACUCUUCAUCUUGAUCCACUGAAUUCCAAAGAUGUUAAAUCUCUUAUUAGUGCAGAAUGUAACUCUGCAAAUGUUAAAUUGACCAAAGAGCAGGAGAAGAAGCUUGAGAGACAUUGUCGUUCUGCUACAACUUGCAAUGCCUUGUAUGUCACUCUUCUGGGUAAAACUAUUGCCUGUGCUGGAAGUACAGGAAAUAUUGAUGAAACCCUGCAACAGUGUUUCCAGUGUCAAGACACAGUGUCACUCUACAGGCUUGUUCUGCAAUCGGUUCAAGAGUCAUUACGGAACGAUAAAGAGAAAGGUCUUUUGAAAGAGGUUCUGUGUGUCAUUGGUGUUAGCCACAAUGGUGUGAGUGAGUCAGAACUGAUGGAACUUUAUCCUGAGCUGUCUUCUGCAGUGCUAGCCUCGCUUGUUCACAGCCUGCACAAAAUGUGUUUGCUGACGUAUGGCUGUGGUUUGCUAAAAUUUCAGCACCUCCAGGCUUGGGAAAUGGUGAAAUUAGAAUAUAUGGAAGGUGAAAAUGCUAUUUCUGCUUAUAGACAAAAGCUAGUAGACUAUUUUACCAUGCAGUUAAGUCGAGACCGAGUGACUUGGAGAAGUGCAGAUGAACUUCCCUGGCUCUUCCAACAACAGGGCGACAAGCAAAAGCUACACAAGUGUCUUUUGAAUCUCUUUGUAUCCCAGAACCUUUACAAAAGGGGACAUUUUGCAGAAUUGCUGAGUUACUGGCAGCUGGUUGGGAAAGAUAAGAGCUCUAUGGCAGCUGAAUAUUUUGACUCUCUGAAAGAAUACGAAAAAAGCUGUGAGGGAGAGGAAAGUAUGAUCUGCCUGGCUGAUCUUUAUGAGACCCUGGGACGGUUUCUUAAGGACCUAGGUCUUCUCAGUCAGGCUGUAGCUCCUCUCCAGCGUUCUUUGGAGAUUCGAGAGACUGCGCUGGAUCCAGACCACCCAAGGGUGGCACAGUCACUCCACCAGCUAGCAGGAGUCUAUGUUCAGUGGAAGAAGUUUGGAAAUGCUGAACAGCUAUAUAAACAGGCACUGGAAAUCUCUGAAAAUGCUUAUGGAGCUGAACAUCCCCGAGUAGCCCGUGAACUUGAUGCCCUUGCAACCUUGUACCAAAAGCAGAACAAAUAUGAACAAGCUGAACAGUUGAGGAAAAAGUCCUUCAAAAUACGCCAAAAAGCAGCAAGGCGGAAAGGCAGUUUGUGUGGCUUUGCUCUCCUGCGUCAAAGAGCCCUGCAACUGGAAGAACUCACAUUAGGCAAAGAUACACCGGACAAUGCUCGAACCCUCAAUGAGCUUGGGGUCCUCUAUUACCUGCAGAAUAAUCUUGAGACAGCAGAGCUUUUUCUGAAGCGCUCCUUGGAAAUGAGAGAGAGAGUCCUGGGAACCGACCACCCAGACUGCGCACAGUCCCUCAACAACCUAGCAGCCUUGUACAAUGAGAAGAAGCACUAUGAUAAGGCGGAGGAGCUCUAUGAAAGAGCUUUAGACAUCAGGAGGAGAGCGCUGGCUCCAGAUCAUCCCUCCUUGGCUUAUACCGUGAAACACCUUGCAGUGCUGUAUAAAAAGAUGGGAAAACUUGACAAGGCUGUUCCUCUGUAUGAACUAGCUGUUGAAAUUCGACAGAAAUCAUUUGGCCCAAAACACCCUAGUGUAGCUACUGCUUUGGUGAAUCUUGCUGUUCUUUAUUGUCAGAUGAAAAAGCAGAUUGAAGCUUCACCUCUUUAUGAACGUGCAUUAAAGAUUUAUGAAGACAGCUUUGGUCAUAUGCAUCCUCGUGUGGGAGAAACUCUAAAGAACUUGGCUGUGCUCAGCUAUGAAGGGGGAGAUUUUGAGAAGGCAGCUGAACUUUACAAGAGAGCUAUGGAAAUAAAAGAAGCAGAGACUUUGUUGAUAGGUGGAAAAGCAACUUCCCGGCAUUCAUCAAGUGGAGAUACAUUCAGUUUGAAAAGUGCAUUGUCACCAAAUGUUUUCCUGGAACAUGGACAAAGGUGAUAUAAUGCUGCUCAAAUUUAAAGUUACAGCUUUCUGAAGGGUGUCAGAUUCAGCUACACUUAGUAGAAGUAUUUCCAAUGAGGAACUAAAUGAAGAUGAGUAUGACGUGAUUUCCUGUUGUUUACCCUCUAAUGAUAUUUAUUUUCACUAUUUAAUCUCAUUUAAUCCCUUAAAAUACAAGAAGGCUUGUAUUAGCCAGAAAACGCACUGAUGCAAAAUAGUUUGUCAUCAGAUAAACAGAUGCUACUCAAAUCUACAGCAUGUAUUUCUUAAUAUCCUAGUCACCUGGAAGUAUCAAUUUGAAGUUUGUUCUUACUCAGUGUGUAAGCCUGUGAAUCAGCUUAAAUACGUAUUAAAAAGCUUUUUAUUAUAAAAAGGUAUAUAAGUGAAAAAUGAAUUGAAACCUCACUAUAAUAUUUCAGAUGUGACUGAUGUAUAUUUGAUCCAGUUUUAAACUGCAAAUGACCCUUAUCUCAAAGGGGUAUGCAUCUUCCACAAUCUUUUUUGUGUUUUUAUAAUGGAGUUAAAAUGAACUUCUUCCAGCUUUUGUUUUGAUUGGAAGGGAUUUAAUAUUUUGGUAGCGCUGUAACUUGGCAAGUUACCAGUUUCAUACUGUUCUAAACAAACAUUAAAUAUUUAGUUUAAAAAAAUUCAAAAAUAGCACUUGAAGCUAUUAUAAUAUAGCCACAGUCUACAGUUUGUAAUAGCUUUCUGGAUAUUUUUUCUUACUUCAGAAAACAGUUCCGAUCAAAACAGUUUUUCACUGUGUUCCAACUACCUUAUGGGCUUCUUUCUUUGCAGGAUUGCUACUGAGUUAAGAAACAAACAAAAACCCCAAACCAUCUGACUUCUCCUUCAAUCAAAAGCCUGUACUUGUUUCUGUUACCUACUCUUAUAUCCGAUAAAGGACAGUGUUAUGCAUUAGAAGGUGCUUGGGGUAGCCUGUCAGCUCUGCUCAGAUUUUAACACGUGUAAUGGUAUCUUUCUCUCCUAAACAGUUUUCCUUCACAUUGAUAAUUUAAGUGAAGAAGAACCUUCAGUGUCCUAUUAAGCUUUCCCCACUGAAUGGUUUUCAACUCUGAACUGUUACUGUUCUUUCCUCAAUUUACUUCUCUCCCCUUUAUUCAUAGGUGAAUUUAAUUGCACUGUUACUUUGGAAAGAAAAAUCAGUCCCUAAAAAGUAGCAAGUUGCAACCACCCAUGGUCCAUUAACAAAGACAGUGAGCAAUUUGCUUUCCCUGACAACCUGAAGAAAAGUUCUUCUGGAAAGCACGAUCAUGACUAAUCGUGGAGGAUCUUGCUGCUUAUGAGGCUAUAACCACAGUUGACUGUGCUCUCGAGACAGUUGCUCGUGUGUUUGUAGUUUUACAUCAUGCACAUAAGAGUAACUUGUAUAUCUGGUAUAAGCCCAAUGCUGUAAUAUAUUUAAUACUUCUAUACAGGAGAACUCCACCUCAAAACAGAAAGUCUUCAGAUUCAAUGAAGAUUUAAUAAUACAGUCAGAAUACUAACAUCUCAAUAACAUUCAUAAUACACUGUAAAAAUUGGAAGUUUUUAAGAUUGCCAAAUAAACGAACAAAACCCAA